AUAAUCCACAUCAAACCCUUCAUCAAAAACCUCUUUCCCCUUCACACAUCUUCUCCUCCUUAUCUCCAAAUUCUUUACGUGUUUUUCUGUUUUUGUUCUUAUAUUUAGAAAUCUCCUCUGUUUUCUUCUUCACAACAUAUCAAACAAACAAAACUCCUUUUCCUCUGUUUCUUCCCGACAACAUAUCAAACACAAAAACUCAGACCCUUUGAUGAUCGGACACUGAUGACUCCCGUUCUCUGCGAAAUCUUGCUCUCUGGGCUCACGGUUAAAUCUGCUCUCUGCCGUAGAACCCAUCUCGUUCAAUCUUUCUCCGUCGUCUUCCUCUACUGGUUUUACAACGUUUCAUGAAUUGUUGAAAACUCCCAAAGCUAAUCCUUAAUUACAAAAUAUAUAUUCAUUGCUUUUCAGACAAAUCUAAGAAACCAUCAAAAACAAAUCUGUCCUUUUUUUUUAGUUCUUGUAAUAAUUUUCUUUGU